AUGUUUUUCUCACAACCCGCCCACUUGGCUAAGGCCGAGGAGCUCAAGAAAGCCCCUCCAAAGGGUGUAGCUUACUCUGUGGCGAUUCCGGGCACUGAACAGCCAGGCCGGAGUCGGGUCUACCGAGCAUGGAAUGCGCAAAAAGAACUUUUGACGACAUUGGACCCCAAGGUCACCACGGCCCAUGAUAUGUUUGAGUCGACCGCCAAUCGCCAGCCCAAGAAUCACUGCCUUGGUUGGCGUCCGUAUAACUCCAUUACCAAGUCCUUUGAUCCAUACCAGUGGCUUAGUUACGAGACUGUGCAAAAGAGACGCGCUGCAUUCGGUGCUGGUCUGGUAGAGCUGCACCACAAACACAACUGCCAUCGCCCCGGUCAGUAUGGUAUCGGUCUCUGGGCCCAGAACCGGCCGGAGUGGCAGAUCACUGAUCUGGCCUGCGUUUCCCAAUCUCUGUACUCCGUCUCGAUCUACGACGUCCUGGCCCCGGACGCUACCGAAUAUAUUAUCAACCACGCAGAACUGCACUGUGUCGUCACUUCUCUACCCCAUAUCCCGACUUUGAUCAAGCUCAAGUCCUCUCUUCCGAAUCUCAAGAUCAUUAUCAGUUUGGACCCGUUGGAUGCAGGUGAGCAGGACAGUCUCACCAAGCGUGCCCUUCUCGAGUCCAUGGCCGCCGACCAGGGCCUGGCAAUCUAUACUAUGGAUCAGGUUGAGGAGCUGGGCUUGGCCUCAAAGCGCGGAUACAAUCCUCCUUCUGCCUCCGACAUUGUCACGAUCAACUACACCUCCGGUACGACCGGUCCCCCAAAGGGUGUCGUUCUGACGCACGGCAAUGCCGUGGCUGCCACGUCCUGCGGUCUCAUCACUAUCGAGCAAGCUCGAGGUGAUACGACAGCCUCUUAUCUGCCGCUGGCCCAUAUCUAUGCCCGCCUGGCAGAGCACACUGCUUUCUGGGGUGGUGCGCGAAUUGGUUAUUUCCAUGGAAAUAUCGCGGAACUGGUCGAUGAUUUGAAGUUGCUGAAGCCUACUGGUUUCAUGUCUGUUCCUCGUCUUUACAGUCGAUUCGGUAGCGCGAUCCGUUCCGCGACCGUUGAGCAGCCUGGCUUCAAGGGCGCUCUGUCGCGACACAUCAUUGCGGCCAAAACCGCCAACAUGAAGAAUCCCGAUCCCUCCAAGGCGACAGUCAGGCACGCUCUGUAUGAUCGUAUUUGGGCUAAAAAAGUGACUGCCGCUCUUGGUCUGGAGCGAACCAGAUAUAUGGUGUCUGGCUCCGCGCCCUUGGACCCGACCCUGCACAACUUCCUCCGUGUUGCCACCGGUACCGAUAUUCUUCAGGGUUACGGUUUGACCGAAUCCUACGCCUCGGCCACCGCCCAGCCGACGUAUGAUCUGACCGCCGGCAAUUGUGGUAGUCUCGCACCCUGCGUUGAGGCAUGCCUGGCCUCCCUGCCAGACAUGGAGUACUCCGUGGACGACAAGCCGUUCCCCCGUGGUGAGCUUUUGUUGCGCGGCAACAACAUGUUCCGCGAGUACUACAAGAACGAGGAAGAGACCCGUAAUGCCAUCACCGAAGAUGGCUGGUUCCGCACUGGUGAUGUCUGCACAAUUGAUGAAAAGGGCCGUUUCAUCAUCAUUGACCGCCGCAAGAACGUGCUUAAGCUCGCCCAGGGCGAGUACAUCUCCCCGAGCGUCUGGAGGGUGUCUAUGCAGACCUUCUUGGUUGGCAUCUUGGGUGUCGCGCCUGACCUCUUCGCUCCGUAUGCCAGCAAGGUUCUGGGCAAGACCAUUGCACCGACCGCGGAAGCAGUCAAGGAGUAUCUGGGUGAUGAUAAGCUCCGCCGUGCUGUGCUCGCUGACCUCGAGCGCGUGGCUAAGCAGCACAAGUUUGCUGGCUACGAGCGGAUUCGCAACGUCUCUCUCAAGGUAGAGCCUUUCACCGUUGAGAACAACUUGUUGACCCCGACUCUCAAGCUCAAGCGUCCUCCCGUUGUCAAGGUCUACCGUUCCCUUUUGGAUCAGCUCUACGAGCAGGCCACCGAGGAGAUGUCUGCUCCCAGGGCUAAGCUGUAG